AGUAGAACCAAAUGUACCAUUCACACAAAAACCAAAAAAUGAGAGCUUCAAAUUUCACAAAACUCCUCUAUUUCUUCACUCUUUUUCUUACCAUGUUAUUUAUAAUCACAUCAGUAAAUAGCCAAUCACAAUGCAAUGAUACAAUAGCUAAGUGUAAUGAAGAGUUGGAGAUGUUAAUGGAAUCUGAUAUUAGUAGAAGAUUUCUUGAACAAAGAAAAAAAUAUAUUUCUCCUGGUGCUUUGAAAAGAGAUAAACCGGUGUGUAACGGCGGCGGUGGCGGCCAACCGUAUUCCCGGAGCUGCCUGCCGCCGCCGUCGAAUCCGUAUAAUAGAGGUUGUUCUAAGUAUUAUCGUUGUAGAGGUGAUCAAUGAUAGAAAAAUAUGUGUCUAUGAGUUUAUAUAUGUUUUUUUUUUUUGCUACUUAAUACUUAUGAUUUUGUAUUGUGGUUGUGAAUGAAUUUUGCUUUUGCUGGUGUUA